CCUUGAUUUUGCCAACCUCAAUCGAUAAGAACAGAGGCAUGGCACCCUGCCUGCCUUCAUUUGACGGCCAUCUCAAAUUCCGACAGACAACCAAGGCAAGCAAUCUCCAGCUUCUUCGCAAGCUCCAGUAAAGCCAUUCUCAUCCUUUAAGUUGUUCAAUGACCUGAAGAAACCACUCUCAAGCUCGGGAAUCGAGCAUGUCCUCCAACAAAGCAGCCCGAGUGGGCGAAGAGAUCUGGAAAGGUCGCAUCGACAAGGUCAACGCCGAGCUCGUAACCCUGACGUACGGCACCAUCGUCGCGCAGCUAUGCAAGGACUUCGAGGGCGACUAUGUCGAGGUGAACAAGCAGCUCGACAAGAUGGGCUACAAUAUCGGCGUACGCCUCAUUGAAGACUAUUUGGCCAAGUCCAACUCGAUGCGACGCUGUGCCAAUUUCCGCGAGACGGCUGAGGCAAUUGCCAAGAUCGGGUUCAAGAUAUUUCUCAACAUAACGCCCACUAUCACCAGCUGGACCAACGACAACAAGCAGUUCUCGCUCGUCUUUGAAGAGAACCCGCUGGCCGACUUCGUCGAAUUGCCCGACGACGGACGCGCGCAGGACGAGUUGUGGUUUUCCAAUAUAUUUUGUGGCGUUUUGCGCGGUGCGCUCGAGAUGGUGCAGAUGCAGGUUGAGGCACAUUUCAUCAGCGAUGUGCUGAGAGGGAAUGAUACCACGGAGAUGAGAGUUAGUCUGAUACGGUAUAUCGAUGAUGAGUUGCCGCCAGAGGACGAUUAGGCGUGAGUCCUGGAGUGGCAAGGGUCGAAAUGUACGAUGAGUUGAUGGCAAGGAAUACCACUUGCAAGCAAGCCAAGAUGGCAUUUCUGUCAACAUGUGGUCGUCAACCCCGGGGGUUUGAGCCAAUGUGGCACAAUAGUUUUGCAGGGAUGGAGAUCUCAAGAUCUUCCCUGCCGUGCUGCUGUCUGCCUCGAUGUAAUGUUCAAAGACCUUCACUAAUAAAUGCGCACUUGAUGCAAUCUUGAAACAUAAAGACAACGUCGGCCGACUUCAGUCUGUUGUAUUCG